AUGCUGAUGCGCCGCAGGGAACAGAACAAGGAAGCCACGGUAUACGUCGGCAAUCUUCAUGAGCGCGUGUCUCCUAGGAUUCUACACGAGCUCAUGCUCAAUGCUGGUCGCGUGCGCAAUGUCAACAUGCCCGUCGACCGCGUCAACGGCCAGCACCAAGGCUUCGGCUUCGUCGAGUUCCAUACCGAGGAGGAAGCAGACUAUGCGCCCAAGGUCAUGAACAAUGUCAUGCUUCACGGCAAUCGGAUACGAGUCAACAAGGCGUCCGCGGACAAGCAGAAGAAUGUCGAGAUUGGCGCAGAGCUGUUCAUCGGUAAUCUCGACCAGAUGGUGGACGAGAAGACCCUCUACGACACGUUCGGCCAGUUCGGGCCGCUCAUCAACGCGCCCAAAGUUGCCCGCGACGAGAGCAACAUGUCCAAAGGCUAUGGCUUCAUCUCAUAUGGCGACUUCGAGUCUUCUGACGCUGCUAUUGCCAGCAUGCAUGGCCAGUACAUGAUGAAUAAGCAAAUCUCGGUUCAAUACGCGUACAAGAAAGACGGCAAAGGCGAGAGACACGGAGACGAAGCAGAGCGUAUGCUUGCGAAGCAGGCCAAGGCACACGGUGUUGCACCAGCGGUGCAGCCACUGCCAGCGCAUCUUUUCCAAGUACCCCAAGGCGCGUCCAUGGCCACAGGAUCAAACAUGCAUCCGGCCGGGAUUCCAGUUGCGCCCAACGGCCCAGGCGGUGGAUUUGGUCGGCCAAUUGCUCCUCCCGUAGGCAUGCCUUCACUCCCACCGGCGCCAGUAGGUCUGCCAGCUCGACCGCCAAGUGGUGCGCCUGUGAAUAUGUAUGCCCCGCCCGGUUUCGGUCCAACACCACCCAUGAAUGGACCACCACCAGGCUUCCCACCGCCUGGUUUCGGACAACCUCCCAGGUAG